ACUAGAAUUCAUACCAACAAAUCGAGGAGUAGGAUUAAACCUUAUUUACAAAGGAUAUACUUAUGGACAUAAGUCGAAUAGAACGCGAUGGUACUGUUCUAAAAAGGAGAAGGAGGAUGUAUGGCGAAACUUAGCACAACCGCCGAAGGGAAACUGCUGUACGUUAUCGAAAGCUACCACAAUCACCCUCCUCCGGAAUUGUUUAGAACAUCCGACGACGAUGUAAAGAUUCAGCCGAGUAGAAGCGGUAAGGGCUUAAUGCUCAUUUACAAAGGACACACAUAUAAGCACAUGACCAGUAGGACACGCUGGUACUGCUCAAAGAAGUUUAAAGGAUGUCCAGCAAAACUUAGCACGACAGCUGAUGGAAAAUUGCUUCAAGUCUUUGAAAACGUCGUAGAAGUUCAACCUAGUAAAAGUGGAAAGGGCUUAAUGCUUAUUUACGGAGGUCAUACGUAUCGGAACUCAAAAAAUGGGAUGCGCUGGCACUGCUCUCAAAAGCCUAAAAAGUGUCCGGCAAAACUAACCGCGACAACUGAAGGAAAAAUAAUUUACGUAAUCGAAAGUAACCAUAAUCACCCACAACCCGUAUUGUGCAGAGGCAAUGAUGGCAAGUAUGUGAGUGUAAAGAUGCAUGCAUACUUGCCGAAGAAAAAAACGUAUUGAUUAAAACUUUUGCGUUGAUUUAUAAACAUCGUUAUUUUAUAUUGUAAUUAGAUUGAGUUUUUUUUUUUUAUUGUAAAUGAAUCAUUUGCCAAAAAUGGUUCAAUAUUUAUCUGUAUAAUGGACAAAAAUAUAAUAGAUAAAUUUCAAUCAAAUCA